UUUAUUUUUUUUUUUUUUGCCUUAAAGUAGAUUAAUUUUAUUUACAAUAAAUAUUAGCCUGAAAAUAUUAUUUUAUUUAGUUUGUAUUUACUAUACAGAAUACUAUUUUUUUUAUAAGUAUGAGACCGAAUAUACAUAUGUAUUUUGGUUUUUAUUAAUUUUGGCAGUUUUUUUUUAUUUGCUUUAAAGGAGAUAAAUUUUUUUGGAAUAAAUAUUAGACUGAAAAUAUUUUGUUUAGAUAUUUUUGAAUAUUUUUUUGAUUUACUAUUAAAAUAUUGGCAUCUAAAUUAUAUAGUAUUUAUCUUUUAUAUAGUAUUUACAGCACAACUAUAUUAGGUUAUGUUGAAUUAUACUGAAAAUUGCGUUGAAUUAAAAAAAUAAAAAAAGAAUUUUUUUGGUCUGAUAAAAAAUAAUUUUUUUAAAAGCGUAAAAUUUUAAGUAUGUCAAUAUUUUUGAAAGUCACAGAUUUUAAGUAGUUCAUCAUUUAAGAAAAUAACAAACAAUCUCAAAACAUUUCUCUUAUUACAAUUAGUUUACACUAUAUCCAUAUAUAAAAUAGGUACAGUUAGCAAUAGUUUAACUAUCUAUCUUGCCAGCAACAGAGUGACAUUUUCUCUUAUCUUCUCCGAAAAUAUUGUGUUUAUGUAAAUAGUUUUAAUUUUAAAUUUAUAAAAAUUCUUUUAGAAGUAUUUUAAAACAUAACUAGUUUGUUAACAGUUUUUUCAAAGGGUUUAUAUGUAUAAUAAUUGUUAAUUUUUUGUAAAAAAAAAAAAUUUAAUUUUUUAUUCCAUAUAAAAUAAAUUAAAAAAAUACUUUUCGUAAUAUUACUCCUCUGCCUUUACCACCCCAAACUCCAUUUGCUUGUGUGUGUGUGCGCGCGAAACCCACCCUAACGCCAUUUGGCGCAACUUAACGGUUUGUUUAUGAUAGACACCUGAAUUUCCCUUUAUCCUUUUAAUGUCAAUUUCUGUUUUGUUAACUAAAUUCGCUCUAGGUAACUGCCAGCGUUCAAGCGCAAAAUGUACACAAACACUAGCACACUCACACCACACACAUAUAGUAUAUAAUCUAUAUAUUUGUAUGUGCAUAUGUAUGUAUGUGUGUGUGUAUGCCUGCUAGUGGCACAAUAAAAUAGGAAGUAACAUGAUUUCCUUUAUAGAAGUUUUCUCUAUCUCUUGGCGCACUUCCGUUCGCUCCGUUUAUUGCCGCCGCUGUGGUACACACUUGAGUCGGCUGUUGCAAGUACUUGUGUGUUGUCUACAACAUUUAUUGGUUUUUAUUACAUAUUUUAAUGGCGUCUGCGCCGCAAGUACCUACAUAAUUUAUGGCUGCCCUUUUUUUUCAAAUUCCGCUUUGCGCGUUUCACUCCCUUUCGUCUACUUCACAUACAUACAUACAUAGAGGAAGAAGUAAUAGCAGAGACACACGCGCUAGUUUUCCAUUACCUCGUGUUUAUUUAUUCUUGUUUUGCUGCUUUUUUUCAUGCUGCCACUGCAUUUUAUAGCUUGUUAUUGUUUAUUUUUGUUGUUGCCACCACUCGCUCGUAUAAAUAUAUAUGUAUAUGCAGUUGUGUGUGUGCGUGUUGUAAAACUAUGGAAAAUUUACAAUUCUCUGUUUUGUUCUGUGCUUCGCAUCUGUUGCCUUCUCCUUCACGCGACUGUAGCAAAUGUAAUAUGCACACACGCACACACAGCCACACUCAUGUAAGCGCUUACACAAAAACUCGAGGCCCCUUUACAAUGUUUUCUGCUUUCAGCCUCGUUUUCAUUUUAGUACUCGCCGCGCCCCGUUGACUUGUGUGGCAGCCGUCAAUGACGACGACAACGACUACUGCAACAACAACCACAGCGGCGAAUGUAAACUGCAGCCAAUGCAACAAUAACAAUCACGAGAAAGAAGAUACACACGUCGCAUGUGUGGCAGUGGCAACAACUGCAACAAUGCGUUACAUGGCAGCCAACAAUUACAACACACUGCCACCAGCUGUUGUUGUUGUAGCCAAUGCAAUGCAUAAUCUUGUCACAAGCAAAACAAAUUGUCGUCGCUUGCACCACAGCCCGCGCUGUCACUUGAUUCGUCGUCGUCGUCGUCGCUGACGUCGCGUACGACUUUUCAGCCAACUCUUGGGCCUCCCCUGGCUGCUUUUGUGUAUAUAUUUUUUGUUUUUGUUUUGUAACAACUUUCUGCUCUUAUCUGCAUUUCUUUGUAUAUACUGCAUAUCUCAGUGUCUGCCUGUUUAUCUGUCGCAUCGCCUCGCUAUGCGUUGCUUUGUUAAGCUUUUACUGCUAUUCAAUGUCGUAUUUUUGUUGUUGUUAGUGUUUUUCUUGCCUUAUGUUGUUUGCCACCGCUGCUGCUUUUGUUACUUUUGUUUUUAUUACUAUUUUUAUUGUUGUUGUCAUUGUUGUGUUUUUUGUUAUUAUUGCUGUUUUUUUAUUACUGUUCUUGUUGUUGUUGCCUCAGCCUAGUUUCGGUUUCAGUUGAUUUAAUUUCGGUUUCUGUUUCUCUAUAUCAAAAGUGCUUUGGCUACUUUUUGUUUUGACGGCGAACGAAUUUUUUAUUUUUUUUUUGUAAUUUUUUUUAUUUUGAAAUUCUACUUUUCCGCUUAUUCGCUUGUCGCGCCCAUACGUCUUCUGUUUGUCUGUGCAUAUCUACUAUGCUGUUUGCUGGUGGCUUCAUUCUUCGUAUGUUGUAAUUUAUUGCUGUUGCUUCAGUUCACAUACAGUGGUGUCCAUAGAAAUGGAGUCGGCAAUUUUUUUUAGUUUAAAAUUUCUUUUUCCAAACCGAUAUUUUGAAUUUUGAGACUUGAAAGUAUAUUUUUUGGAUCCGUAUUAUAUAUACAUGUUUAAUAUCAUCUCCUCUUUACACACCUUAUUUAAUAUUCUAUUACAAUUAUUAUCACAUUUUCCACGCCCUGCUGAUUGGCGCUUCUGCUUUUGGGGUGCCAGCGCGCAAGUAGCGGUACGCUCAACAAGGUUUCGUUUUACAGAAUAAAAAAAAAUUCACGGCAAAAAUAGUCAAAUCAUCCUUCAGUCUAUACUUUACAUACACAUUUACAUAAAUACAUAUUUACAUAUAGAUACACGCGUAUGUACCUGCCUGUAACGCCACAUUGUCGUCCGUUCUUGCUCAGUUAAAUUCAUUUAAGUGGCGACGUCACUCACUGCUCCACGACUCGCGUUCGCUUGGCCUCUUUUCGUCGAACGCUCGGGGUGUCGUUUUACAGUUUUCACUUCCUGAUUGCUAGUCUCAGCACUAUUUCGCCUCAAUGUAAACUGCUGCGCAUAGUUAUAUAUGUAGAUAGGUAGAAGGUACUAGUAUUUCACUGGCAGACAGCAAACAUAUUUACAAGCACAGACACACACCUACUUGUGGGCCUAGAAGAUUCCCCUUUCUUGUUGAGGCUUGAUUGGCCUCAAUGUCUCAAUGCUCUCUUUACAUGCAUACACACACAUGCAUAAAUAUGUAAACACUCUUGUUUUGCAUACAAAAGUGUCUGACUGCAAGCAUAUGCUAAUGUAUGUGUGUGUUUUCGCUUGUACUUUUGCAUGGCAUUGCAGAUGUCUGAUUGCCGCCAGUUUAUUGUUUAGUUCCCACAGCGUCGAAAUGCACAAGUGGCUUCGGAGUGUGUGUGUGGCUGUGUCUGUGUGUUUUUGUUUUUCUGCUCUUUGUUUUUGUUGUUGUUAUUUUUAUGUUUUGUUUUGCUUGCAUUUUUAUUACAUCGCUCUUGGUUGUUGGAGCGCGCUUUGUACAGUCUUGUUUUGAUUGCGCUCAUUGGUGGCACUUAAAAAGCGGCAACAGUUCAUGCAAUGACAACAACCAUGCACAUACAAACACACAGUGCGUACGAAAAUUAAUCAUGCUCCAUUUUCGUGCCACAAACGUAAUGCAGGCAUUACAUAAAUAUAUUUGUGUGUGCGUGUGCUCUUUUUUUUUUGUAUAUGCGUUGCUUUUCCGUUUCCGUAAACAGCUUUGAGGCUAUUUGACUGCUGUAACGUCAUGCUAUCUUCCUCUGUUAUUUGCUUUGUUUUUAUGUGUGUGUUUUCUUGGCUAAAUUGUUGUUAUUGUUGUUGCGGGUUGCAAUUUUCGAGAAGGUUAAUUGAAAGCAACAGCAAAAAAAAGGAAAACAAAAAAUCGAAAGCAAAAAUGUGUGUUCAAAACGAAAAGAAAAACAGAUAUUCGCAGGCGCACAAUUUGAAAGGCAGCGCACCUUCGCACACGCACACUAACACACACACACAUAUAUACAAAUACAUAUCUACUCACCAACAAGCAAGCGCUCCAACAGAUAGCUCACCAAACAGUUUUGCCUGCAAUACCACCCAACCCGCCUGCCUAGCCACACACACACACACACAUAAAUACCCUACACACAUACAUAGGGCAAUACUUGUAAUUAUGUUUGAUAAUACGUAUGUAAUCGCAUAAAAUCGACAUUCCACGCUCAACAACUUCAAAACAAGUGUAGCUAGUAAAUUGUAGCUGCCAUUGAGCGUUUUGGUGGUGGCGCAAUCCAAUCGUGCGACCUAGUAUGCUCUCGGGCGCGCGCAUACUCUCUCUGACUACCUUUAGUGGAGCGCUUAGCUGCUCAGCGCUCACACAAAAUAAUGUCGAAAUUCAUUGAGAAACAACCGUAAAGCAGUCGUUUUUUCAGCCGAUAUGCGCGACCUCUCAACAACAACCUCUUCUAGCGCUCCAAAUAAAAUAAAAAUGUAAUAAAUAAAUAAUAAAAAUAGCAAGUUAUUUUCCUAAACUACAAGUAUUUACGUAUAAAUUUUAUACGAAAAACUAUUUAUGCUGCAUUUAAGCUCACUCUGCUCGCAGCUUUUGUGAGAGAACAAGAUUUCAAGAUUGAUUUUUUUUUUGUUUGAUUUUGCUACGAGUUGUUCGUACGUCAUGACUUGCUCGCUCAAUAGUUGCUCGCCUUGUACACCUAUUACAAAUUCCUCGCCUAUGGCUGUUUUUUGUUGUCGUCGUAACAUCGUCGUCAACAGCUAUUUUGUUGACUCUUCGCCUAUGUAUGCGCCCUCGGUGCGCAUGUAUAUGUGUGGGGCGCCACAAGAUUGAGCGCAGCCGAAGUGUACAUAUACAUACAUACGUGAUAAUGUGGAGCGCUUUUUCAGUGAGCGCCACUCGCGUAUGCUUCAUAUACAUAAGCGUAUGUAUGUUUGUAUAAGUUUUCGUUCGUAAGCGCUUAGCUUUUUGUUUAAUAGCACCAACACAGCAGAGAGAUUUGCUUUAGGAAUUGCCCCAUUCUGCCAAUCUCGCACAGCUUCUGCAGGUCGCGCCAGCGAAACGCGCUCGUUUACUCGGUUACGAAUGUUAUAAUUUUUUCAUUCUUGAUUAGUUUCUGUGGCGCUUUUGUCGAGACGGACGUCUUUCUGAAUUAACAGAAAGCUGCACGGCCAAAUAUUAACAGAACAGUGCUGAAAAAAAAUAUACAUAUAUAAUUGAAGAGAGCAAAAAAUUAUAAGAAAUUGUGUAUAAUAUAUCUAGUUAAACUUACUGUAUAUGUAAAUUAUUGUAAAAAGAAUUGCUGAAAGGUGCUAAAAAAUGUUACAGUAAAAAAUUGUAGUGAGAUUAAAAAAAAUAUGUAGUUCAAUUAAAAGAAAUAUAAACGUCUAUAAUUAAUUUAAAAUUGUAGUAGCAGCACAUGAAAAAGCAUUAAUUCAAUGUGAAAAAAAUUGUGCUAACAGUGGUUUUCGAAACAGAUAUCUAAGUGUGUGUGUGUGUGUUCAAUUUAUUUUUGUAUUUUUUUUUUGUGUGUUCUUCGGACUUAUUCAAUUUUUGCGGACCGCGUCUAAGACAAAAGCAAUAAUCACAAACAGCAAAAAGCAGUUGAACAAAUAAAAAACAACAUCAGCAACAUAUAUAAAUACAAACGAGUUUAUGCAUAAAAUAAAUGGAAAAGCUGCACCAACAGCUGUUUCAGAUAAACGGUCAACAGCAGCAACAGAUCCUGUCGCCGUGCAGCACGAUGCCAGCGAUGCCAAAAGAAAAGGCCACCGCAGUAUCGUUAAGUGAGAGCAAUUUCACCGAAUUGAAAUUUAAAGAGUUAUCCCUAAAUACAAGCAACAGCGCCGUCGUCGCCGCCACAAUGGCCACCACAGCAACAAGUCGCAUGCAUCAGCAUAGCACACAGACGCCCACACAUCAUCUACCCGCAGCAACAGUACAGACAACAACAACAAUUGCAACAGCGCCGACAGCCACAACAACACAACAGCCAGCAAUGACACAUUGGACGCAACGCCAAAACCAACAACAACAAAUGACACAGUCACAGUCGCGCAACAGCCUAUGCGGCUGCGGCAACAUCUCGGCAAUCAUACCCGAGACAGUGGGCAGCUUAAAUCAUGGCAGCAGUAAAUAUCUAACAAAUGGACAUUCAUCACCUUUGGCCGCCGCUGUGGCCGCUGCACAGCAAAACGGCGCUACAACGCCGGAACAUACGCCGACAUGUUGUCGUUAUCAACAACAGCAGCAACAACAACAACAACACCAACAGCUACAACAGAAUGGCUACGAUAGCGUCGAACACCAGCAACAACAGCAAUUGCCACGCACAUACAACAACAAUGCGCUAGCAGGUGGUGGUGGUAGUACCAAUGCACCACCCACCACCGCCAUCAAUAUCUCCGCCUCGGCCUCCUCAACACUCUCAGUAGCAUCUGCUGCCAACAUCGGCUCCGCCGGUGCAUCCACAUCGCCCACGAAUGUCGCCGUAACGCCGCCAAAGAAAUCGCCAAAUGACUACAUUUUCGGCAAAUACAUUGGCGAGGGCAGCUUUAGCAAUGUUUACCUCGCCGUGGAUGUGAAUACGAAGCGUGAAUAUGCAAUUAAAGUCUGCGAGAAACGUCACAUCAUACGCGAGGACAAACAAGAGUAUGUGCGUCGCGAACGCGAAGCGCUACACAUGAUGACCAAUGUGCCGGGUUUUGUGAAUUUGUCGUGCACGUUCCAGGAUCGUCGUUCGCUGUACUUUGUGAUGACCUAUGCCAAAAACGGCGACCUGCUGCCGUACAUCAACAAGGUGGGCUCCUUCGAUGUAGACUGCACACGCCACUAUGUCGCCGAAUUAGUAUUAGCUUGCGAGCAAAUGCACUAUCACAAUGUGGUGCAUCGUGACCUGAAGCCAGAGAAUAUACUCUUGGAUGAGGAUAUGCAUACGAUGAUCGCCGAUUUUGGUUCGGCGAAAAUCUUCAAGCCCGAAGAAUGUAUUAACCCCGUCAAACCAGCUCCAUUUUCGUUGUGUCGCCGCAGCGGACGUAAUUCACAAAAUCGCAGCGAUGACGACGACGAUGAAGAUGACGAUACUGAGGAUACCAAUGAUACGGGUAGCGAUGAUGAUAAUACGCAAGGUGGACGCGGUGGCAUGUAUUAUUAUCGCCGGCGUAAAGGUAGUUUUGUUGGUACAGCGCAAUACGUGUCGCCGGAAGUGCUGCGCAAUGGUUUCGUUUCACCUGCUGCUGAUCUCUGGGCACUCGGUUGUAUAGUGUAUCAAAUGAUUUCCGGUUUGCCGCCGUUCCGUGGCAGCAAUGAUUAUGUCAUAUUUAGAGAAAUCCUCUCCGGCGAUCUAGACUUUCCGCAAGGCUUCGAUAAAGAUGCCGAAGAUCUAGUCAGACAACUAUUGAAGAUACGACCCGAGGAACGUUUGGGCUCGCAAGAUACCAAAGGUUGUUAUCUAAGCAUACGUGCGCAUCCAUUCUUUAAUGGCAUCGAUUUUGCGACAAUACGUCAACAAACACCACCACCAAUCUACCCGUACUUGCCGGGCGUAUCGAAGGACGACGGCUUUAGCUCGCAUUAUUUUAUGCCAGAGAAUCUAGAACCCGGCUUGGAUGACAAGCAGCUGACACGUUUGCUCGGCAUGGAAUUGGGCACAUAUAUUGAGAAAAAGACUGUAGUAAAAAAUAUUUACGACCUUUCGGAGAGCGAAAAGCAAAAGCGUUUGGAGCAACAAAAGUCUGAUAAAUGGCACGUUUUUGCCGAUAACGAAGUCAUACUUAAGAAAGGUUACAUCAACAAACGCAAAGGUCUGUUCGCGCGCAAACGCAUGUUGCUGCUAACAACGGGUCCACGGCUCAUCUACAUCGAUCCCGUGCAGAUGGUGAAGAAAGGCGAAAUACCAUGGAGCGCCGAAUUGCGCGUCGAGCCGAAAAACUUCAAAAUAUUCUUUGUGCAUACGCCCAACCGAACGUACUAUUUGGACGAUCCUGAUGGUUACUCGCUCGAAUGGGUCGACUCCAUCGAACGCAUGCACAAACUAACCUACCCCGACAGCGAUAACGGUGCGACGACGACAACGGCGACGGGCACCUCGCCAAAAUCGUCGCAUCGAACAAAUUCACCAACGUUCUUCAACAGCGGCGGCGGCGGCGGCGGCAGUCACUCCAGCGGCAGCAGCAGCAGCGGCAACAUGUUGACCGCGGCCAUCGCCGCUGCCACAGGCCGAACGACGAAAACGGCGUCGAAUUGAAUGAAGCGACCACCACGUCGUCGUCAAUCAGAUAUUAUAUAUCUACUAAAGAAUGCAACAAAAAUUCUACAAAAACACGCAAAAGCACACAGCAUACAAAUGCGUGCCGAAUUGCAACUAAAAACCUAGGUGUUCCAAGGCAGAAUAGAUGUGCAGCUGUCGCUCCACAGAGCAGCUAAUAAAGCAACAACAAAUACUAAAACUGAUGUGGAGCAACAACAACAGCGCGCAGCAAAACAUUUAAAAUAUUAUUAAAAACACACAAUAUAUAUAUACACAUACAUACAUAUAAAAAUGUUUAGAACAAAUUUAGUUCAAAUCAGCAAAUACAUAAAAUAAUUAUUAAUUACACAUAAUAAUUAAUAAAUAAUUAAUAAUUAAACUAAUAUAUAUAUAUAUAUUAUAUAUAGAAGUGAAGUGUAGCUAAUAGCAAAAACAAAAACAAAAAAUUAAAUUAAUUUAAUAUAAUAUAAUUAACAAUUAAUUGCAGCCUAGUAAUAUAAAAGCACUAAAGUAACUGUAAAUUAGCGUAACAAAGGAGUGGAGUGAUGUGCGGUAAUAGCAAAAAUUUAGCAAACAAUAUUUAGCGUUUAAGUGAAAUGGUCCGAAAAUGUUUUAGUAAAUGUGUGAGAACAGCAGCAACAACAACAACAACAACUACUACAACAAUAGUUGAUAUUAAAUGCGUAAACGAAUUUGACACUUGGCAAACAAAAGGCGAGGCGCGAGAAAUUGUAUGACCAUGUGUAGGUGUGGCAGAAUGUAUAAAUGUGUGGUGGCGUGUUGGAAAUGCUAAAAAUUGUACAAGAAGAAGAAGCAGCAAAGUAAAUAUUACAAUAUUUAUGCAUAUGCUAACUUUACAGCAACUAGAACACAUGCUAAUUAUACGAUUAAAAUAUAAAUGCAUGCCAGCUAGACACACACACAUAUAUAUAAACAUACAUACAUACACACACACACAUGCAUAUAGGCAUACAAGCAGUUGCAAGCAGGUAUACCAUAGUGUGUAGUGGCAAAAGUGUUGGAACAACACAUGCAAAAAAGUAUAUAUAUAUAUAUACAUAUGUAUGUAUAUAAGCCUAUAUACAUAUAAACGUGUAACAGUAUAAUUUAAAUUAAUGUAAUUCUAAUUGUAAACCAAUGUGAAUAUUUUGUAGUUAGUCACAAUUAAAUGAAUUAUACACGGAGCAGAGCAGAACAGAAAGCAGCGUGCAUAUGUAUACAUACAUGCAUACAUAUGUGCGUGACAUAGCAAAAAUGAGAGAAAAAACCUAACUAUGUAAAAAUUGCAUACAUAUGUAUGACACUAUGUAUGUACAUAUAAAGCUAGCGACAAGUUACAUACUAAAAUACUAUUAAAUGCGUACAUAUACAUACAUACAUACAUACACACAUAUACUGUAUGUAAUAGUAAGAAUAAAUAAUAACUAAAAUUAUGCUAUAUAUAUAUUAUAUAUGCUAUACAUAUGCAUAUGUAUACAUAAGUGAGAGCAGAAAUUUGUUGCAUACUUACAGGCGUGUAAAAGAAUUUGACAACAUAUAUACACAAUGUAAUUAUUUAUAUGCCUACGUACAUAUGUACAUGCACAGCAAACAGUUACAAGUUAGCUAAUGAGUUUUUUAUGCUAAUUGUGCAACAACUAUGUUUACAACAAAUUAAUAUUGUACAUGCAACAAUAACAAGAAAAACAAAUGUAUUAACACACACAAACAAGCAUAGCAUGAUGUAGCACAAGCAACGGCUUUAGUGUGAAAGAAACUCGUGCAUUUUGCAGCAACAAUAACAACACUGUGUACGCAUACAUGCAUUGCAUUGUAAAAAAUUGUAAAUUAACAUAGUUUUUUAAGCCUGGCAGACCACAAUGUAACGUACAGUAUGCUGCGCAUGCGCAAGUCUGACGUUUGUGUUGCACUGUAAAUUUGCCAAUAUGCAAAAAUGUAGCAUAAAAAGUACAUAAUUACAUACACACACACACACAAUUAACAUCAAACACAAACAAAUUGUAACAACAACUGCGUGUACGCGCAUGCGUAAGCGCGUGUAGGCUUAGAGCGUCUGACGCCUAAAGCUGCUGGGGCAGCACUGGUGCGUCACAGCGCAUAAUAACAUUAGCUAAAUUACAAAAAUAAUUAGCUAAGUAAAAGUAAAACUAAAAAUAAAACGUAAAUGAAAAAAGUUAAAUUAAAACUAUUUUUAUGCGAUUAGCGGGAAUUUUAAGCGUUGCAAAUGUAGUGUGUUCAUAGCUGUAAGCUGUAAACUGUAAAAAAUGUAAAUUGUUUUCAUGCAAAAUGCGCGUAGAGUGCGCACCAGCCGCACCGACAUAUACGCAUGCGCAUGCGCGUACAUGCAGUUUAGCGUUACGCCGCCGCCGCCGUGUUCAAAUUUAAGUUUUGUGCAGAUAAAAUAUGUUUUUGUUGUAUGAAAAAAUUUAAUUUUUUUUUUUAUUAAUUUUGUUUUCGUUUUUUCUUCACAAUUGCGUUGUUUUUUCAUUAGCUAUUAUUCUAACACAGUACUUUUGCCCUAAUAACGCAACGCAUAAGACUUGAAACUAAAUGUAGACAAAAAAAAGCAAAAUGCAAAAACCAACAAAUAACUAAUUUAACAAAACAAAAACAAGUUUAUGCACGUUUUUGCACAGAAAAAAGCAACAAAAAUUGAAAUGCAAACAAGCGGUAACAACAAUAGCAGCAGCAACAACAAUAAGCAUGCAACAACUAAACUAACUGUAAAGAGGAAUUUUGAAUGUUAAAGGCGUAAAGUGAAAGCGCAAGCUUGUUGCAUGCAACAUAAUAGAAAUUCUUAAACUCGGUUUUUUACCUCAAAUUUGCAGCGAACAAAAAUAAAAAUACAAUAAUAAAACAGAGACAGUAUGUAGACUUGGUUAGCACUUUUCUAUACAAUUAAAAUGUUUUUUUAAAUUUAAAUAAUAAUUUUUUUUUAAUUUAAAUAAUUUUUUUUUUAAUUUAAAUAAUUUUUUUUUAAUUUAAAUAUUUUUUUGUUAAUUUAAAUAAUUCUUUUUUUAAUUUAAAUAAUUUUUUUUUUUAAUUUAAAUAAUUUUUUUUUAAAUUUAAAUAAUUCUUUUUUUAAUUUAAAUAAUUUUUCUUCAAUUUAAAUUAAUUUCGGUUUUCAUUAAAAUAUAUUUUUCUUUAAUAAAAAUUAAUUUAUUUUGAAUUAAAAUUAAUUUAUUUAUAAUUAAAAUUAUUUUUUUUUGCUAAAAUAUUUUUUUGGUUUUAAAAUAAUUUUUUUUUUUGAAAUUGUUUUCCAUAAAAUUAAAAACAUUUAAAUAAUUUAAACGCAAAAAAAAACACUAGCAAAAUUAAUUAAAAAAAUUUAAUUAAAAUAAAUUAAAAUACAAUGUGUACGAACGCUGAAAGCAUAAAAAAUAUUUUGGAAAAACUAUUUUUUCAAGUAAAAAAAAUAAAUAAUAAAAUACUAAAUUAGCUAUAAAGUAGUCUAUACAAAUGCAUUUCUUUGCUAUUUCUCUUGUUUUUGCAUUAUAUUUUUUUUUGUUAUCACUUUUUGUUAAUUUUUUUCUUUUCGAAUAGCUAAAUAUUGUAUACUCACUUUGGUUGCCGCUUUCUAAAAGCUACAGUGCUUAGCAUUAAAAAAAAUGUAUUUGCGUUGUAAUUGAAAAUAUUUAAAGUAAUUAAUUUGUUAUAUUGAAAUUUAAGUACCGUUAGCACGAAAAAUUGUAUUUAUUUCGCCACCACUUAGUUUUAACUAGCAAAAAUCACUAUUGUAUAGUUACAAAAACAAAAAAUAUAAAAUUAUAAUUUUGUUUUAACAAAGCAACACGCCUAUUUUCUAAAAGUUUUGGCAAAAAAGAAAAUUGAUUAAUUUUUGAAACGAGCUUGCUUGCUAAGCGUCAAAACUUUUCGAAGCAAAUCAGCAGGUGGUGAAUAAAUAAAGUGCACGAAAGCAAAAGUGUCAUACAUACACACAUACAUACAUACAUACUUGUAUAUUGCAGUUUAGCGUAAGCAAAAACAAUAGCAACAAAGCGUAUACAAAUAUGUAUGUAAAUGCAAAAAGUAAUAAAAGUAGUGCAAAAAAUUCGUGUUUGUUUGCAAGUGAAUGCCGAACAAUUUAAUUUUGUGUUUGGAAAAUAUAAAAACACACUUGAUUUGUAACGAAAUUGCGAAAAUGUGAAUUGUAUGUAUGUAGCAGUUUGCAAUUGCUGCACUAAACUAACGCAAACAUGUGUUUGUAUGGAAUUCUAAGCAACAAAAAUUUAGCACAUGGCUGUAGGGAAUAACAACAAAAAA